AUGAAUUUCCCUAUACAAUUGCAUAAAUCGGAUCAUCAGUUUACACAUUUGAGUGUUGCCUAUUCCAAACCGGAGGACGCAAUCAUGGAUGUGGCCUGUUACAGCCAGAUGGAUGAGAAACGUCCGGUAGUCAUGGAUCUAUCAACUAGACGGGAUUUUACUGGGAUUUUGAACAACUGUCCUACCGUGAAACCCAUACCGUAUCAAUUGCCGUUGCGAGCUGGACCGGCCACGAAACCGCUGGCCUACUGUACCCCCAAUCCUGUCCCAAAUGUUCCCGAAAACAACCAGGUUCAUCUGCUGGAAUAUCGGGGUGCCCAGCUGGCUGCAUUCACAGUGGAAGGUCGUGAUCUGGUCUGCUUACCCCAGGCAUUUGAAUUGUUCUUGAAACACUUGGUCGGCGGCUUGCAUACCGUCUAUACCAAGCUGAAGCGAUUGGAAAUAGUCCCAGUGGUGUGCAAUGUGGAACAGGUGCGAAUUUUGCGAGGCCUCGGAGCCAUUCAACCGGGAGUGAAUCGGUGCAAGCUGAUUGCACCACAUGAAUUUGAUAUAUUGUACGCUGACUGUACCAGUUCCAGGCACCCAAAUACAGCUGAGUUAUUUUCAGUUCAAGGUCGUUUUUGCAACGAUUUUUCAUAA